UUGUUAUAGAUGACAUGCUUUAUUUCUAUUAACUGUUACUCUUUAUUUUUAAUAUCUAGCCUAUCUGUUAAGAUGCCUUAGAAAAAGAACCAUGGAGAAGUAUGUUAGAGUACAGAAGAUUGGAGAAGGUUCAUUCGGAAAAGCCAUUCUUGUUAAAUCUAUAGAAGAUGGCAGACAGUAUGUUAUCAAAGAAAUUAACAUCUCAAGCAUGUCCAGUAAAGAAAGGGAAGAAUCAAGGAGAGAAGUUGCAGUACUGGCAAACAUGAAGCAUCCAAAUAUUGUCCAGUAUAGAGAAUCAUUUGAAGAAAAUGGCUCUCUCUACAUAGUGAUGGAUUACUGUGAAGGAGGGGAUCUGUUUAAACGAAUAAAUGCCCAGAAAGGCAUUUUGUUUCAAGAGGACCAGAUUUUGGACUGGUUUGUACAGAUAUGUUUGGCCCUGAAACAUGUACAUGAUAGAAAAAUUCUUCAUCGAGACAUAAAAUCACAGAACAUAUUUUUAACCAAAGAUGGGACAAUACAACUUGGAGAUUUUGGAAUUGCUAGAGUUCUUAAUAGUACUGUGGAGCUGGUUCGGACUUGCAUAGGGACCCCAUACUACUUGUCACCCGAAAUCUGUGAAAACAAACCAUAUAAUAAUAAAAGUGACAUUUGGGCUCUGGGGUGUGUCCUUUAUGAGAUGUGCACACUUAAACAUGCAUUUGAAGCUGGCAAUAUGAAAAACCUGGUACUGAAGAUCAUAUCUGGAUCUUUCCCACCCGUGUCUUUGCAUUAUUCUUAUGAUCUCCGCAGUUUGCUCUCUCAACUGUUUAAAAGAAAUCCUAGGGAUAGACCAUCAGUCAACUCCAUAUUGGAGAAAGGUUUUAUAGCCAAACGCAUUGAAAAGUUUCUCUCCCCUCAGCUUAUUGCAGAAGAAUUUUGUCUAAAAACAUUUUCCAGGCUUGGAGCACAGCCUAUACCAGCUAAAAGACCAGGUUCAGGACAAAGCUUGGCUGCUGUUGUGUCUGCUCAGAAAAUUACAAAGCCUGCUGCUAAAUAUGGAGUCCCUUUAACGUAUAAGAAAUAUGGAGAUAAAAAAUUACAUGAAAAGAAACCACUCCAAAAACAUAAACAGGCCCAUCAAAGUCCAGUGAAGAAAGUGAAUCCUGGAGAAGAAAGGAGGAAACUGUUUGAGGAACCAGCAAGGAAGAGAAGGUUGGAAUUGAAUGAAAAAGAAAAGAAACAAAAGGAUCAGGUAAUUAGUUUAAUGAAGGCUGAACAGAUGAAAAGGCAAGAAAAGGAAAGGUUGGAGAAAAUAAAUAGGGCCAGGGAACAAGGAUGGAGAAAUGUGCUGAGUGCUGGUGGAAGCGGUGAAAUGAAGGCUCCCCUUUUUGGCAGUGGAGGGGCUGUGGCUCCAUCAUCUUUUUCUUCUCGAGGACAGUAUGAACAUUACCAUGCCAUUUUUGAUCAGAUGCAGCAACAAAGAGCAGAAGAUAAUGAAGCUAGGUGGAAAGGAGAAAGACAUGGCCGAAGGCUUCCAGAAAGAGGAAUCCCACCUGGAGUACAUCCAGGAUUUCCCAAGGGGGCUGCAGGUCAUCACCAUUCCUCUGAUGCCGAUGCUCUUAGAGAAACUUGGAAAAGAUUGAAGGCCGUGUCUAAACAAGCCAAUAUAAACAGGCAGAAGGGGCAGCUGGCUGUGGAAAGAGCAAAGCAGGUGGAAGAGUUUCUACAGCGAAGACGGGAAGCGAGGCAGAACAAGGCUCGGGCUGAGGGGCAUAUGGGCACCCUGCACCACCUGGCAGCUCUGUGCGAAGGCAGGCGCAGCUCUUCACGAGGAGGGAAGCCGAGAAGCAAAGAGGAAGAGGUUUAUCUGGCAAGGCUGCGACAAAUAAGACUGCAGAAUUUCAAUGAGCGCCAACAGAUUAGAGCGAAGCUUCGUGGUGAAAAGAAAGAAGCUGACAGCUCCGAAGGACAGGAAGGAAGUGAGGAGGCUGACGUGAGGCGUAAGAAAGUGGAAGCGCUGAAGGCCCAGGUGAGCGCCCGCGCGGCUGUGCUGAAGGAGCAGCUAGAACGUAGGAGGAAGGAGGCGUACGAGAGAGAGAAGAAGCUGUGGGAGGAGCAUUUGGUGGCCAAAGGAAUAAAGAACUCUGAUAUGCCUCCACCUUCAGGACAGCAGGAAACAGGUGGCUCUCCAUCAAAGCAACAGAUGAGACCUGUUAUUUCUGUGACUUCUGCUUUGAAAGAAGUGGGUAUGGACAGAAGUUUGACUGAUGCCCAAGAAACCUCAGAAGAAAUGCAAAAGACUAACAGUGCUAUUUCGAGUAAGCGUGAAAUACUACGUAGAUUAAAUCAAAAUCUUAAAGCUCAAGAAGAUGAAAAUGGAAAGCAGAGUCACUCUGAAAUGGGUGAAAUAAUUGUUCACGAAGACGCCAAAGAGCAGGAAAAAGAAAAAUCGGUUUCAUCGGAUCGCAAGAAAUGGGAGGCUGGAGGCCACCUGGUGAUUCCUGUGGAUGAAUUGGCGCUGGACACGUCCUUCUCUGUGACUGAAAAACAUACAGUGGGAGAGGUUAUUAAAUUAGAUCCUGGCGGAUCUCCAAGAAAAGUCUGGGGAAAAAGUCCUACAGAUUCUGUUCUAAAGGUACUUGGAGAAGCUGAACUACAACUUCAGACAGAACUAUUGGAAAAUACAACUAUUAGAAGUGAGAUUUCUCCUCAAGGGGAGGAGUGCAAACCCUUAAUUACUGGAGAAGAAAAAAUAAAAUGUAUUUCACCUGAAAUGAACCCAUCAGCUACUGUUGAUUCUUCUGUUGAGACAGACAGUCCAAACUUUAGUGAGCCAUCUCCACAGACGGCAUUGAAAACAGAAGGAAAUUUGGAUGAGCCUGAUGACUUGGAAGCAGAAUUUCUACAGGAGCCAAGUGGAGCAGACGGGGACAGUGGCUUGCCAUGCCCUGUACUCGACGUAUGGGUUAGUGAGAUUGAAGAAGCAAAGGAGGCUGAGUUGGAAGAUAGGAUCACCAUUCAGCAAAAUGAAGUUUCUGAAGAUGGAGCCCCAAGGAGCAUGGAUCACCUUGGUGAAGUUCACGUAGAACCUGGAGUGGAUGGUUCUCCACACUCUGAGUGUGAUGUAGAUGAAUCUAUGCAACCAGAACCAUUUUUCCAUAAACACUUGAAAGCAGCCUCUCAAGUCCAGUCAGUCCUUUGUUCACCAGAAGAAUCCUCUCCACUUCGAUCUCACUCUGGUUCACCACGAAGAAAUAAAAAACAGAAUUCCUUGCUGAUUGGACUUUCAACUGGUCUAUUUGAUGCAAACAACCCAAAGAUGUUGAGGACAUGUUCACUUCCAGACCUCUCAAAGCUGUUCAGAACACUGAUGGAUGUCCCCAUAGUCGGAGAUGGACGUCAGGACAAUCUUGAAAUGGAUGAAAUGGAAGAUGAGCAUGUUAAGGAAGGACCUUCCGACUCCGAGGACAUUGUGUUUGAAGAGGCUGACACAGACUUACAAGAGCUUCAGGCCUCCAUGGAGCAGCUGCUGCGGGAGCAGCCUGGGGAGGACUACAGUGAGGAGGAGGGUUCGGGCCUGAAGACCAGCGACGCGGAGCAGGCCGCCAACGGCACGGACGCGGGCGAUGAGUACGACAGCCCUAGCAGCGAGAGCGCUCUCAACGAGGAGUGGCACUCGGAUAACAGUGAUGGUGAGAUAACUAGUGAAUGUGAAUACGACAGUGUCUUUAAUCAUUUAGAGGAACUAAGGCUUCACCUAGAGCAGGAAAUAGGCUUCGAAAAGUUCUUUGAGGUUUACGAGAAAAUAAAAGCUGUUCAUGAAGAUGAAGAUGAAAAUAUUGAGAUUUGUUCAACAGUAGUUCAGAAUCUUUUGGGAAAUGAACAUCAGCAUCUUUAUUCUAAGAUUCUUCAUUUAGUUAUGGCAGAUGGAGCCUAUCAAGAAGUUAUCGUUAAAUUGAAACUAGAAAAUCUUCAGGUAGAGUAA